AUGGUUAAUCAAUUACCUGUUACUACUCGUGCAGCAGCAUUAAGAUCGAAAGCUAAUGCAAAUUUAAUUCAUUCACAAGAUCAAGCAACACCAACUUCAACAUCAACCGGCAAAAGAACUCGUAAAUGCUCAGCAAAGCAGAAACGUAAACAAGCUCAAGUACAACAGAUUAUAUCUUUAGAUGUUGUACUUACACCGGUAGGUUUUCAUAAACAACUUCAUGAAGAUGUGAUAUUAAAAAAAGACGAUGCAACAGUUAAACCAACAUCUUCAAUGCCAAUAAUGGGUUCAAUUUCUCCAACAACAUCAUCACCAACAAAGAAUGAUGAUAAUGAUUCUAUCAUAUCAUUAAAUUCAUUAAACAACGGUAUGGCAAAAGAAAAAGCGGGUUGGCGGUGUACUCGAAGAAAUGAGAAUGGCAAUGUCGUUAUUCAUAUCUCGAAACAAACAGAACAAUUCAGUCACUGGAACGGCAUAUUUCAUUGCCAUCCAUAUGAUGCACGUAAAACACGAAAACGUGAUAUACUAAACAAAAUUAAACAUCGUGUUCUUGAUGAAUAUACAUCAAUCGAAAUCAUAAUUGAAGAAGAAUAUAGGAAAGCAAAUCUAUCAGUCGAAGAAAAACGAAUGAUGCCUCUUCUGACUCAAAUAGAAUCUGGUCUACAUAAAUUACGAAGAAAAUCAUUACCAUCAAUAUCACAGAAUUAA